GUCGGCGGAAAGCACUGGUCAUUUUUAAAGGCGUGGCCCUGUCACGCCUCUCCUCAACGACUCACGGCGCAGCCUGCGGGCCUACUUCCCUUUAAGGAGCGUGUCAGGGGUGGGACCUGGAUGUGCCCCUCCGGCCGCCCGACUCCUUUAAGGCGCGUCCCACGUCCGCCGGCAGAAAAGCUGCUUAAAGGCGACGCGUGGCGCGAUGGCGGUGUUGCCCCGCGGGUCGCGCGGGCUGCCGCUGCUGCCGCUGCUCCUACUGCUGCUGCCGCUGGGCGGCCCGCGCGGCGCGGACGGCUACUUCCCAGAGGAGCGCUGGAGCCCCGAGUCCCCGCUACAGGCGCCGCGCGUGCUCAUCGCGCUACUGGCGCGGAACGCGGCACCCGCGUUGCCCGCUACGCUAGGCGCCCUGGAGCGGCUGCGCCACCCACGGGAGCGCACGGCGCUGUGGGUGGCCACAGACCACAACACUGACAACACUUCAGCCAUACUUCGAGAGUGGCUGGUGGCCGUGAAGGGUUUAUACCACUCUGUGGAGUGGCGACCGGCAGAGGAACCCAGCUCCUAUCCAGACGAAGAGGGCCCCAAACACUGGUCUGAUUCCCGCUACGAGCAUGUCAUGAAAUUACGCCAAGCCGCCUUGAAGUCAGCUAGGGACAUGUGGGCUGACUACAUUCUGUUUGUGGACAGCGACAACUUGAUCACCAACCCCGACACUCUGAGCUUGCUCAUCGCUGAGAACAAGACGGUGGUGGCCCCCAUGCUGGACUCCCGAGCAGCGUACUCCAACUUCUGGUGUGGGAUGACUUCACAGGGCUACUACAAGCGCACCCCUGCCUACAUCCCCAUCCGAAAACGAGACCGCAGGGGCUGCUUUGCAGUUCCCAUGGUGCACUCUACCUUCCUCAUUGACCUGCGUAAGGCUGCAUCCAGAAACCUGGCCUUCUACCCACCACACCCAGACUACACCUGGUCUUUUGACGACAUCAUCGUCUUCGCCUUCUCCUGUAAACAGGCAGAGGUGCAAAUGUACGUGUGCAAUAAGGAGGUGUACGGCUUCCUGCCUGUACCACUGCGCGCGCACAGCAGCCUGCAGGACGAGGCAGAGAGCUUCAUGCAUGUACAGCUGGAGGUCAUGGUGAAGCAUCCCCCAGUGCAGCUCUCCCGAUUCAUCUCAGCACCCAGGAAGACCGCAGACAAGAUGGGCUUCGAUGAGGUCUUCAUGAUCAACCUGAAGCGGAGGCGGGACCGGCGAGAACGCAUGCUGAGGGCACUGCAUGAGCAGGAGAUUGACUGCAAGUUGGUGGAGGCUGUAGACGGCAAAGCCAUGAACACCAGCCAGGUGGAGGCCAUGGGCAUCCAGAUGCUGCCUGGCUACCGAGACCCCUACCAUGGGCGGCCACUCACCAAGGGAGAGCUGGGCUGCUUCCUCAGCCACUACAACAUCUGGAAGGAGGUGGUUGAUCGGGGACUACAGAAAUCACUAGUGUUUGAGGAUGAUCUGCGUUUUGAGAUCUUCUUCAAGAGACGUCUGAUGAACCUCAUGCGGGAUGUGGAACAUGAGGGGCUGGACUGGGACCUCAUCUACGUGGGCCGGAAGCGCAUGCAGGUGGAGCACCCUGAAAAGGCUGUGCCCCGUGUAAGGAACCUGGUGGAGGCUGAUUACUCCUACUGGACGCUAGCCUAUGUAAUCUCCCUGCAAGGUGCUCAGAAGUUGCUUGCUGCCAAGCCACUGGCCAAAAUGCUACCUGUCGACGAGUUUCUGCCUGUCAUGUUUGACAAGCACCCAAUGUCAGAAUACAAGAGUCACUUCUCUCCCCGCAACCUACGUGCCUUCUCUGUGGAGCCCCUCCUUAUCUACCCUACACACUACACGGGGGAUGAUGGAUAUGUGAGUGACACAGAGACCUCAGUUGUGUGGAAUAACGAGCAGGUUAAGACUGACUGGGACCGAGCCAAGUCCCAGAAGAUGCGGGAACAGCAAGCACUGAGCCGUGAGGCCAAGAACUCAGAUGUGCUCCAGUCUCCAUUGGACAGUGCUGCGCGUGAUGAGCUUUGAGGCAGCAAAAAGCCAAAGCCACUGCCACACACCUAAACUUCAUGUUCUUGCCUGGGACUAUAGGGCCACUUAGGCAGACGACAGAGGGCUCUACAAGCACAGAGGUCUCCAUGUCUUCCUGUUUAGCAGCCUCUUGCACACAGACAGCAUUUAUGGAGUACUUACUGUAUGCUGGAAACGGGGCUGGCCACCAUGAGAUUGGGCAGGAACAAGCACAGUGUGUUGGGUCCACCACGAAGGAAGUUUUCUUAUUAGAGCAAUGAAAGAGGAAUGAGUCCCCCUUAUUAGCGAUUGAUUUGGACAUCAGGUUUUUAUUGUUCAGACUGAGUCAGGUAUUAAGGAUACAUACUCACUUUUAAAAUCUGUUUGAGUGUCUAUUGAGGGUUUACUGUAUGUUAGGUACCAUUCUUAGCUCUGGGAAUACUGAAAUAAGAAAAAAAUAAUCAAUAUACCAAGCAGCAGCUGCUAUAUGCCAGGUCUUAGGAAACACUGAUGAGUUGAGUGUCUACUGUGUGUCACUCAGUGGGUGCUGGAGAUGGAGGUCCCAAUGGUGCUUAUCUUUUGUAGUGUGCAUGAUGUACUUACAGUGGAAACAGUAUUAUUGACCCCGUGUGCUAGGCUACACACUGAGCAUAGUGACAGAGUCUAAACAGAAUGUAACAAGCAUUUAUUGAGCACCUAGUGUGUCAGGCCUCGGACUCCCAGAUGGGUUGAGAAAUAGCCGCCCUCCGACCUGUCUGCCGGAGGAUACUAUGCUGCCCUUAUCUAGAUGGGAGCAUUGUUCUCCUUCUCUUGGUUGACUUCUGGGCUUCAGGAUACUCAUGACCUUGCAAGCCCCACCCCGCCCCCAACCCCUGGAGAGGGUAUGGGUAGGGGCUGGGGCUCUCUUGCUCAUCCCUUGCUUCCAGAGCUUCUCCCUGCCAUUGUGUCUCAGGUGUCCCUUGGCUGCUCCUGUGUUUCAGGGCCUUGAGGUGCCCAGCUGCACUGGGGUGCUCCUCUUGGCCUGUGGAGUGUGUUUCCCAGUAGGCCAGGGGGUCGCUGUCCCUUCAAAACCAAAUUGACUCAGCUGGUCAGUUGGUGCCACCUUCUCGGGAUGACUGCUUGCCUGCUCAGGUCUUGGUAACUUGCUCAUGUUUGUAUUAAAUUCUCCUCAUUGGUUUUCACUGAA